AAACAGGUUCCUAUCAGUGAAGUGGAAAGGAGGGGGGCAGGGGAGGCUUGUCUGGGGGGUGCUGGGGAAAGCAGCUGAGAGGCAGAGGCAGAGAAACACGACUCAGGAGCGUCUCAGGGCUCUCGGAUCUGGGGACAGAAGUGAGAUUGGAGAAAGUAGAGCGAUGCCAAGGAGGAAACAGCAAGCACCCAAACGGGCUGCAGGUUAUGUCCAAGAGGAAGGUUUAAAGGAAGAGGAAGAUAUAAAGGAGGAGGAAGAAGAUGACGAUGACAACAAUUCAACCGCUCAACUUCAGGGCAGCAAUGACACCGGUACAGAUGAGGAACAUGAAGUGGGACCUGAGCAGAAAGGGAACUUCAGUUACCAGAAUUCUCCUGUCAGUCAUAUAUCUAAUCAGGAUGCAGAAAAUGAAUCACUACUGAGUGAUGGUAGUGACCAUGUGACAGAUGUUAAAAGCAUUUGCUCUAGAGAGCCACAGGAUCCAAAAACCAGCGCCCAUCCCAAAGCCCAGAACGAAGCACAUGAUUGCAUGGAUAAAAUGACAGCAGUCUAUGCCAACAUACUGUCAGAUUCAUAUUGGACAGGCUUAGGGCUGGGUUUCAAGUUGUCUAACUCUGAAAAGAGGAGUUGUGACAACAGAAAUGGAGGUAACAAAGCUGAUUUUGACUGGCACCAAGAUGCAUUGUCAAAAAGCUUACAACAGAAUUUACCUUCCAGACCUGUCUCGAAACCUAACCUGUUCAGCUCAGUCCAGCUCUACAGACAGAGCAGCAAAAUGUGUGGAGCUGUAUUCACAGGUGCUAGCAGGUUUAGAUGCAGGCAGUGCAGUGCUGCCUAUGACACUUUGGUAGAAUUAACGGUUCAUAUGAAUGAAACAGGUCAUUACCAAGAUGACAACCAUAAAAAGGACAAGCACAGACCUACCAGCUACUCAAAGCCCCGAAAAAGGGCUUUCCAGGACAUGGACAAAGAAGAUGCACAAAAAGUUCUGAAAUGUAUGUUCUGUGGUGACUCUUUUGAUUCCCUUCAAGAUCUGAGUGUUCAUAUGAUAAAAACAAAACAUUACCAAAAAGUGCCUUUGAAGGAGCCGGUACCAACCAUUUCUUCAAAAAUGGUCACUCCAGCAAAGAAACGCGUGUUUGAUGUUAACAGGCCUUGCUCCCCUGAUUCCACAACAGGGUCUUUCUCAGAUACUUUUUCUCCUCAGAAGAAUGCAAACCUGCAGUUAUCAUCUAACAACCGAUAUGGCUACCAAAAUGGCGCCAGCUAUACGUGGCAGUUUGAGGCCUGUAAAUCCCAGAUUUUGAAGUGUAUGGAAUGUGGAAGCUCGCAUGACACCUUGCAGCAGCUAACAACUCAUAUGAUGGUCACUGGCCACUUCUUGAAAGUCACAAGUUCAGCUUCAAAAAAGGGAAAGCAACUCGUUCUGGAUCCUUUAGCUGUGGAAAAGAUGCAAUCACUGUCUGAAGCACCAGCCAAUGACAGCCCGGUUUCAAAAACAACCAGUAAAUCAUCUUCAGAAUGCAUAGCUCCCACUUCUGAACUAAAGAAAGAAACUAAAAAAGAUAAGACUGACGAUACAAACAAAGAUGAGAAAGUGGUAAAAACUGAAGAGUAUGAAGACACACUUCAGAAACCACUGGAUCCUACAAUGAAAUACCAGUACCUCAGAGAAGAAGAUUUGGAAGAUGGUUCAAAGGGUGGUGGGGACAUUUUAAAGUCAUUGGAGAACACUGUCACAACAGCCAUCAAUAAAGCUCAAAACGGAGCUCCUAGCUGGAGUGCAUAUCCUAGUAUCCAUGCAGCUUAUCAGCUUUCAGAAGGAGCUAAGCCUUCUUUGCCUGUGGGUUCCCAAGUACUGCAAAUCAGGCCAACAAUCACCAAUAAAUUGAGACCCAUUGCUCCAAAGUGGAAGGUCAUGCCUCUGGUCCCUAUCUCAGCAAAUGUGGGCCAGUGCACUCAAGUGAAGAAGGAAACUGAUGACAAGGAAGAUGUACAAAAGGACUAUGCUAAAGAGGGCAUGCAAGCUGAACCUGCCCCCCUCUGUCAGAAUGAAAGAGAACCUCUCCUCAAAUGUGAAGCCUCUGUGGAGCCAAAAAAGACAGAACCAUGUCCCUUGAAAGAAGAAGACAAAAUAAAAGAGGACAGCGGAAAAGAAAAAACAGUCCUCAAGGAACCAACAGCAGCUUCUCUUAGUAAUGGUUGUGCUGCUGCCAACCAUUCCUCUGAACUGCCUUGUGUCAACCCACUUAGUGCCCUCCAGUCAGUACUGAAUAAUCACUUGGGCAAAGCUACUGAACCUUUACGGCCCCAAUCCAACUGCAGCCCCAGUUCUAGCACAAUUUCUAUGUUCCACAAACCUAAUUUAAAUAUGUUGGAGAAGCCAGUUUUAUCUCCUGCUCCAACCCCACCAAAGCCUGCAAGUGUGUCCAGGCACUAUUUGUUUGAAAACAAUGAUCAGCCUAUUGACCUGACCAAAUCUAAAGGCAAGAAAGCUGAAUCAGCUCAAGCACAAUCUUGUACUUCUCCGCCUCAAAAGCAUGCUCUUUCUGACAUUGCUGACAUGGUCAAAGUUCUUCCCAAAGCUACUACACCAAAACCUGCUGCAUCUUCAAGGAUCCCACCUAUGAAACUGGAAAUAGAUGUCCGACGCUUUGAGGAUGUCUCAACAGAAGUCUCUACUCUGCAUAAAAGGAAGGGCAGACAGUCAAACUGGAACCCUCAGCAUCUUCUCAUUUUGCAAGCUCAGUUUGCUUCCAGUCUCUUCCAGACUUCCGAAGGUAAAUAUUUAUUAUCAGAUCUAGGCCCACAAGAGCGCAUGCAGAUUUCAAAAUUUACUGGGCUGUCUAUGACCACCAUCAGCCACUGGUUGGCAAACGUCAAGUACCAACUUAGGAAAACUGGAGGAACAAAGUUUUUGAAAAACAUGGACAAAGGACAUCCAAUCUUUUAUUGCAGUGACUGUGCGUCUCAGUUUCGAACCCCAUCUACUUAUAUUAGCCAUUUAGAAUCUCAUCUAGGUUUCCAAAUGAAAGAUAUGAACAGGCUGGCUGUGGAGCAGCAAACCAAGGUAGAGCAAGAAAUCUCCAGAGUUUCAGUUCAAAGAUCUCCUGAAACAAUAGCUGGAGAAGAGGACACAGACUCUAAGUUCAAAUGUAAGUUGUGCUGUCGGACAUUUGCGAGCAAACAUGCAGUAAAACUUCAUCUAAGCAAAACACACAGCAAGUCACCAGAACACCAUUCACAAUUUGUAGCAGAAGUGGAUGAAGAAUAACUCUUAAGCAUUGCGGAGACAACAAAGGCUCAGGGUGCAUGACAGAAAAUGGAAGAGGAAUGGCCCUCCAACGCCUGCACGCUCUGAACUUUCUGGCUGUAAUGUCCUCUUUCCAGCGACUGCUUGUCUGAUCUACUGAUGGAAUUCAAGAAAUGUGACAUCUGUGUGUGGGUUUGAUCUCUGUGAUAAACACAGUAAAUAUCUUAUUGUGCUGGUGAAUCCCUUGAAAGGAAAACUUCAGUUCCCUCUGUUGUUCUGCAGGAAACAUCAUAGGCCACCGAGCAGCAAAACAACAUGAGCAAGGGCAGGCUCUCGGUGAGCGUCCUCGCUACAGCUAGUGCUCAGCUUCUUGGACCUGUUUUAAUUAGUCAGGUCAUUGCCAGCUAUGAACAAAAUGAAGGGUGCAGUGAAAUGGGGAUGUAAAAUAUAUUAUGAAAUGUAGCCAGCUUACUAGGUUUCUUCAUCAGACUUCCCAUUUUUGCUCCUAGCUGUGUGCAUGUCUGUGUGCGUGCUUAAUAACCAGGAUGUGCAUUUUAUAACAUGCGUGCAUGAGUUUAUACACAUUAUGUGCAUGGACAUGUAUAACUCUUUUAAAUAUUGUGUAGGUGAUUAUAGCCUCAUGCAGACAUUGUAGAGAAAGUUUAAUCAUUUUUCUAAUGUGAAAUAUUUUAGAUACAGCUCACAAAGCAGAAAGUGAGCUCAUGGCUGUGUGUGAACAGGUGUGCAGUAAAUCUGAUAUAGAAAUACUGGAUUUUUUCUAUUGCUCCACAAAACCCCUUGUCUGUAUCAGGUGGCCUGCAUCUAUUGCUUCGUAAUGUGACAGCUUCUUCCGACUCUUCACAGUAUACCUAACUUAUUACACAGGGAUGUCUAUUGGGAAAAAAAAAUCCUUCCUGCCCCUCAUCUCUUUUAUACCCUGAGGCAAGAGAUUUGAGUUAUCUUUGCAUGUUACAAUACAGCUGUUGCUGGUCAACUUAGAGAGGUCCUUGCUGUGCAUUAGCACGUGUAUUUUUGCUGCUUUGGAAAAAGUAGAGAUACCAUCUCACUUUAAAGAGAGUUCAUAAUAAACUUUAAUUGACAACGUUGUUGAAAUGAAUAUUAUAAA